UAGUCGACACAUCAUUGAUUUGUAUAUAGAUUUUUUCAAUGUUAUACAGGAUAAAUUUAAACCAUCUUGAACAUAUGUUUUAACAUGCUCUAAUACUAGUAACAUAUACAUGGUUAUAAUGGUUAGAUUGACAUACGGAGUUCACAAAAAUUUGUGUCCUUUCAGGAAUGACAGCUGUAUAUCCAACUUCUGAAAGUCCAAACAGUCUGUUAGACACGAAUGGUCUUGAAUCAGUUCAAGAUGCAAGAUCAGCAGCAAAUUUAUCUGACAACAUUAUACACGUGCAAGAAUUUACAGAAGGACAAAAUAAUCAGAUAAUUGGGCAGAUAGAAAAUGAGUCCACUGAUCACUCAGAAAAUAAUAGUUUACAUUCUGAGAUUCAAGACGAACACAAUUUGCCUGACAAAGAGUCAGUUGAUCCGACCUUUAAUGGUUCUGAAUUUAGCAUAGGACACAACGGAGAACGAAACAGUUGUAAAAUAACUCAAGAUGUAAAAUUGGACACAGAGUUAGCAGACCUCACAAUCGAGAAGUUAUCAACAAACGAAGAAAUCAAUCUUAGAUUCGGAAAGACAGUAAAUCCUUCUCCUGAACCCUCAGAAAAUGAUCUUUUACAAGCUUAUGGACAGGACAUUCAGAAUGACCCUUGUGUGAAUGGACAGUUGUCAGUGUACUUAACCUUCUGUGGUAAUGAAGUUCGCAGGGCAUACGAUGGAGAAAAAAUUAAAGUAGGACUUCGAGUUGUGAAACCUCAUAGCUGGACCCCAAAUAGUGAAAACAAGUAUGGAGACGGUCGAGUAAUUGGAACUAUCGUAAAUAUAACUGAUACAGGCCACAUUAUAGUUCAGUGGGACACAUGUCUAGAAAUCAACGAAGAUUUUGAAAUAGGAAAUAAUAACCAGUAUGCAUUACAGUUAUACGAUAAUGCUCAAACAGGCGUCAAACACAAUUAUGUUCAGUGCGAUGGAUGCGACGAGUACCCUUUACGAGGGAUAAGAUGGAAGUGUAUGACAUGUUGGAACUAUGACCUUUGUACCGUUUGCUACAUGAACGAUAAACAUGAUAUGAGUCAUAUAUUCAAAAGAAUGAUCAGUACAAGUUCAAAAGGUGUACAAAUGGCUCCACGAGAAAAUCAGGGCUUUACAUUUGUCUACGGUAUUCUGCCAAACUCAAUUGUCAAACUGCGAGGUAAACCUACAGAAGGUAGAGUGCUACAAUUCCUAGAAAAUACGUCUGAAACAUUUAGGUCAGAUGCAAAAAGUAAAAUGGAAUGACGAUUUGAAAGGAAGAUACUGUGUUGGUAGGAAUGGCCAGUGUGACUUAAAAUUUAUAGAUGCAGCAAAAGGUCCCGUGUAUUACGAAGAUCAUUUGCCUAUUGUGACAUUUGAAAAUGUACAGAAAGGAGCCAGAGUUGUUAGAGGACCUACCUGGAUUGUCAAUAACGACGACGAUGGUGGACAUGGAUAUGUAGGGACAGUAACAAACGUUGGAGAUAUUCAAACACAUGGUAGUAUAUCUUCACGUGAGAGAACAUUAGAACACAUAACCGAAAGCCAAAUAAUAAAAUCGGAUGUGAUAAGGAACACAUCCAAACAUGUUGUAACAGUACAAUGGGAUAAUGGAAAAACAGAAGAGUAUAAAUUGCCAAAUGAAUAUCUACGAAUAUUGGACAAUGGACCAUCAGGAGUUGAACAUGUACAUUAUUUGUGUGAUUGUUGCCCAACUAGAGAUAACUGUAUACGAGGCAUUCGAUGGAAAUGUUUGAGUUGUAAAGAUUUUGAUUUGUGUAAUAUGUGUUACAUGUCUGAUGAACACGACCUCAGUCAUAAAUUUCAAAGAAUUGUUGUUCCGAACGUAAGAGAAGAUAUGGAGAUGUCAAGAAAAAGUUCAAGAUCAUGUCUCAGGCAAUCGUUCGGAAUAUUUGGAGAUGCAAAGGUUGUUGAAGUAACUGAAUAUAGCGAGGGUUACGAAGGUACCGUUUUAGCCAUUUGCGACUGUAAGAUAGACACAGGUCGUAGCGAAGUUGAAGUCUUGUGGCGAGGAAACUCGAAAAGUUCAAAUCGGAUUUUGCAAUUAGAAUAUUGUUAUGGAAGUGAUUUCAUAUAUUACCAUAACCAUCUGCCGGUUAUAGGAAGAGACUCUCAAGGAUACUUUGAAGUAAAUUGUAAUGUAGGAAAUGGAUCUACAAAAAAGAUUCAGGUCGACAUUUGCCGUACUAUUCAGCUAGAAAAGAAACUGACAUUUAAGCCAAGUCUGUAUCUGAUAUUUGCUAAUCAUCCUUGUGUAGACAAAAAAGGGGAAAAAGAUGACAAAAUGACACUGAUGGAAGAAGUUAUUGAUUUUGCAAAAAAGACCAAACUGCCAUGCCAUGUUGUAGGACAAAAUGUUUUGUUUCACAGCGGCUCCACAAAUACAGUUUGUAUACACUAUAAAACAGAUAAAGAUACUGUCGAGGAACUUGUUAAGAAAGGCUUCCGCAAGUUUCAAAGAGGAGAUAGUAAUGAGAAAGAUGAGGACGAUAUUCACUACUUCAUUCGCAUGGCAGAAUAUGUCACAGGAGAAGCUGUAUUGCCAGUCAUCAUAUCAUUUAGAAAUGGUGGAAUGACAACGGAUGUGAUGGAAAGUGCAGCUAUUUCACAAAUACCUAUAAUAAGAUUAAAGAAACACAGCUUAGAUGUCAGCAUUUUGACACCUAAUAAAAGAGGUUACUGGUGUGUAUCGAUGACAGAACAUAAAACGGAUAUAAAAAAUCCAUGGAGUGUAAAGAAAUCAAGGCAAAGGGACUACGAAUUAGGAAAAUAUGACGGAAAGGAUGAUCCAGAUGAAAUAGCUCUGAUUUCCGAGAUACAGGUGGACUUUAGGGAUAAUUUAGAUGCUCUUGUGUGCUGUUUAAUUAUUGGGGUGUCGAUGGAAGGAGAGUCGUCCGAAAAGAAAAUAUAUGGAACAUUUACUGAUGUUUAUCCAAACGCCUUGUCGAUGUACCUCUUGAAGGAAGGAAAGUGGAGAAUCCCAAAAGAGCAUAUCAAAAAAUCGUUUAGUCAUAGAUCAAUUGAAUUUAUUUAUGAACAGGAUAUGACUUCCGAAAUCAAAAAUGGUCUUUGGUCUAAUUUAACAGUUAUGACCAGUAUGGCGUACAAAACUCCUGAAUUUCGAGAAGAAAAAGAGGAAGAAGAAAACUCGGGAAGCAAUGCAGAUGAAGAUAACAGAAGACGUAGUCGUUUUGUUGAGACUGAACAGAAGAUACAAGGACGCAAUAUAGUACUAACAGUUUCAGUUUCUGAAUUGUAUGGCCUUAUAUUAAUUGCAUUGCUGCAAAAAGAAUAUUGGUCAGGUGCAACACAGCUGAUAGAAACAGGAUGUAUCCGGAUUCAUCAUAUCCUCAUUGGAUGUGUUGUACUGGACGAUUCAAUCAACAACUGGAGAACAUCUCCGUUCCUUAAAGAAAAAUUACAACGACUUAAAAACGCAUUUACCCAGAGAGCUAUUAAGAUAACAAGCUGCAUCGGCGAUGCUGACAAAAAAAGGAAGGAGACCUCUACAAAACGAAAAGAAAUCAAACGGCAGGAUGAUGCACAUGAACAAGAAUUGGGUGAAUAUAUUAAUCAUGCUGGAAGGCUAUUGUUGAAUCAUGGGUAUAUAGAGGAUGCCAUAAAAACUCAAAAUAAGACUUAUCUUGACAACACCUCAGUGAAAGACAUCUUAAAUGAAAUGUGGUACGGUACAGAGAAGUUAGAUUCCCGAACGAUUUUAACUUUCAUUGCUCUUGCUGCAGUGCACAUUAUUAUGUUGCCUUUAUUAUUGAUCAACAUGGAGACUCGUCCGUUGCUUUGGUUUUACAAGAAGUAUAAGCUGCCUUUCAUGAAAGUAUUCACAAAUAUGCUUGGCUUCUUAGCUCUUCUUACUGCAUAUGCAUACAUGCUGUUGUUUGACUAUAGUGAUGAAGGAAUUACAAACACGGACUGUUUCAUAAUUGUAUGGAUGGCAAGCUUUUUUGUGGAUGAAAACAAGCAGCUCAUCGUUGCUAUCAUUAGAGGAAAAUGGAGAAUGUAUACCAGUGAUUGGUGGAAUCGAUUGGAUUGGCUAUCGAUGGUAGUAUAUAUGUCUGGAAUGCUGCUGAAGUUAGAUGGAGAAUCUCAUUUUCAAAACGCCUCAAAAGUGUUAUUGGUUGCGGCUUUUAUUCUCCUUUCUAUACGAAUUCUUAAUUUGUGUUGCAUGUCCUCAAUUUUAGGACCAAAGUUAGUCAUGAUCCGAAGAAUGUUUCGAGAUACCUUUUCCUUCAUGAUUAUUAUGACAGUCAUUAUGAUGAGCUACAACAUAUCUUUUUAUGCACUUUUAUAUCCAAAUUCUGAGCUCAGUUGGUUACAGAUGGAAAAGAUUAUAAAGAAUGGUUACUGGAUGUUAUUUGGAGAACUCAAUUUAGAUGGUGACACACUAUCUGAACCCGACUGCACUUUCAACAGAACAAUUUAUGAAAGUGGUGCGGAACAGCGUUGUCCUACAGAGCUUGGUGUCUAUCUCACGCCUUACUUAAAAGCAACCUACGGAUUGAUAGCAGUAAUCUUACUGCUUAAUCUGCUUAUUGCUAUGUACAGUCACACAUUCCAAAAAGUUCAACAAGAAUCUGAAUUUUAUUGGUCGGAACUACAGACUAACUUCCUUGAAGAAUACAGCAUCAAGACAGUUUUUCCAAUCCAUCUUCAAUUACUUGUACUACCAGCAGCAAUCAUUCAUGCACUCCUUUGGUUUUGCUAUUCCAAACUACAAUUGUAUGGAAAGUGUUAUGACAACGAUAUUUCUAACAAUCUGGAUGAUGAAUUUGGAGAGGAAGCAAUUCUUAAUCAUCGACCCAUGUUUGCAAGAGUGUUUUUCUACAAUACAAAUUUUGAUUUAAAACUGAAAACAACAAAGGAAGCAGAGGGCAAUGGUGCGCUGAAAGCAAAAGGGGAAAUGGACUUGAUGGAAGUUGACAGGAUUACGAUGCUACAGAGACAACUGGAUGCAAAUAGCAAAAAUCAAGAUAAGCAGAAUGAGAAAAAUGACAGACGAUACCAAAAGAUUAUGAACAGACUGCAAAAUGUGGAUAAUAGUUUGAUAGGGAUACAGCAACUGUUAUCAAGAAUUGCCAAAUCGAUAAAGGAGGAAGAAGAAGUUGUGGUGGAAAAAGAAGUCAAAAAUGUUCUAAACUCUUCUUCUUCGGAUGAGAAUGAUUCUGACAGUCUGUCAAUUUCUUCAGAUGAAUACUCAACAGACGAAUAAGAUUGUAAAAUGCAGAAGUCCGGUUGCAGAUACUGCUGAUAUGCUGUGAAACGAACCGAUAUUUUGGGAAUAGUGACUUAACAUGCAAAACUAGUAGUCUAAUUAUGUUUACUUUAUGUGACUUCAUAAUAACCCCUUUCUAUUCAUCAACUGUAAUCCACUCAUUUAUAUAUAAUCACAGUUCCAACUUCACAGUUUUUAUUUAGUUGGUAUGUCAUUAAUUACAAGGCCACGUUAAUGUGCUGUAAGGUGUUUAUAUUUGAAAUGGUUAUCGUGGCUAUUCCUCAUGAGUCCAAAAUAGUUUUCAUUUGUCUUUUAAACUGUUUAAUUUGCUUAAGUGUCAAACUGAUAAAGGUCAGCAGGAAACUGCACAUCAAUACUUGCAUAACAUGAUAUGUCCGACAUGUUUUUAUGAAAUAGUUGAAUUUUAAACUUAAGUAUGCUGAAAGUGUCAGUUCCUGAUUAUUUGACUGAAAAAAAAUAGAAGUAAGCCACGCAUGAAAUUGAUAAAUGUUCAACAGAUUACAAAAACAAUAUAUUUCUAGAUGUUUCGACACAUACAUUAAGGUGACUGUAGUCAACCAAUAUUCAAAUCAGAAAGAUAUCGCAAUCAGUGCCGGAUACGAUUUAAUGUUUUUGAUCUAGUCGUACAAAUGCUAUUUUUUUAUUUAUAUAUUUGGCCCCAGUUAUGGUCCUAAAUCUGUGUUGCAAAGCCCUGCUAAUUCUUAGCAAUAGCAUACAAAACUGUGCACACAUUUUAAGAGACACAAGAUUAUUGGUUUUUAUAAGUUAAAAGCACCAUUUAAAUCAUGCACUCAAACGUGUACAUUGAAGUACAUUACCAUUUACAGAUUUACAGUAAUAAGUGCACAUUUCACACAAAAGCUGUUCCGUCAUAUGAUUUCAUUUCGUUUGAACAACCGAAUGCCGUAUGAAAGCAACCAAAGAUACCUAAACAAUCAAUAUUAUGUUUUUCGCAUUUAAGCCUCUUUCAUGUAAGUUUUCAACAAAAUUUUAUAAAUAGCAAAUGCGUCUGUAAAACUAUGGAUAUGGAUAUAAGUUGUGAGGAGAAAAAAAAACAGCUGUUGCUUUAUAUUCAUUUUCGUUUCUUAUGGUUUUGUUUAGCUUUUUUUUUUCUAAUUUUCCGAGUUAUCAUUGCUACAAAGGAAAAUACUAAUACAUUAUUGUUUUAACAGUUUAAGUUUAUAAAAAUAUAGUUUUUAAUUGUGCCGUUUUCAGCUCUAGUAAUCCGAUUUACUAAUUGUUGGGGAAAUAUGAUCAUAUUGAUAAUGUUUCUUAAGACACCAUAGAAUUUAAUCAGAUAAAUAAGUGUAGUUUGUAAUCAAUUCUAACAAAACUAUCAUUGUAACAUUCUAGUUUUUAAUAAAGUAAUUUACCAAAAGAAAA